AGCGUCCUCACUCUUUAACACGAGAGAACAGUUUAUGUUUAAAUUUCGUACAGAGUCGUGGGAUCCAUAGAGAGAGAUAGAGAGAAAGAGAAAGACAGACAGACAAACAGAAAGACAGACAGAGAGAGAGAGAGAGAGAGAGAGAGAGAGAGAGAAAGAGAGACAAAACAACGUACGUAACGCGAAAUUCAACACGCGAUAAAAGUUCAUAGAAAUUUGUUUUUGGGGAAGUUUUGGGGGAGUUUCUGCGCUAUAGAAGAGAGAAAGAGAGAAAAAAGAGAAGAUUAUAUCAACAGAGCUCACUUUUGAUCUAUCUAAUUAAUAUUCAUAUAUCGAUACAUAUCUCUAUAUCCAUAUUCCUUUUUUGGGUGUGUUUGUUUCUUUUCCUUUUCAUUUUCUUUAAAGCUUUGUUUUUUUUUUUUUUAAAUACACACUCGAUCACUUUAUCUUAUUUUUUAUUUCCUUCAUUUCUAUCUGUGUAUUUUUUAACUCCGAAUUAUUAUCAGUUAUAUCUUCCUUUUACGAUUUUCUUUGAUUAUACUUUACGUGUACAAAAGAAGAAAUCGUCGAUAUAACGUGCGAAAGGAUCGUGCUUUCCCGCCAACGAGCAAACGGUUCCCUCGUUCCAACAAGGAAUAGGAUAAAACAUUGAACGUUGAAAGGAGAUAGAGAAUAGAGAGAGAAAGAGAAAGAGAAAAAAGAAAGAGAAAGAAAGACAGAGAUUCAUGGUCGUCUAAGUGAGGAUCGCGAAGUUACAAGGACUAAAAGUUUUCACAUUUAAAAGGAUUUGUUUAAAAUUGUUUUGUAUUCGAAGAGGGAUAAAAGAAAAUGGAACGCAAAGUCGUCAUUGUCAUCGUUACGCUCAUCACCACGAUCAUGUGGUAUUCUACGGAAAGUGACAGCGCUGUGGUUAGAUCCUCCCAAGAAUUCUCUGAAGCAAUAGAAGAAAUGUUACGGAGCACGGUAAUUGACAAUGUUAGAGAUUUACGCUCGACUGAUCUUGAAGAACGAAACGGGACACGACAUAUUUGUCAAGGCAAUCCUUGCGGAUGGGCGAUCUAUACUAAGUUCACACGACGCUUCGAAUAUUUCAUGAGAAACACAUGCGAGUGCCCAGAUUAUUCGUACAAGUGCGUACAUACGGAGGACGAUUUAUCCGUAAGUGCAUACGUAUAUCGGUGUCGUCAAAACACGACGUCGAACGAUACUGAAGCACCCCCAGAAGACACGAAUUAGAAGACAGAGACUUAUCCAUUUCUUUUUUCCUUUUAUUUUUUUUUUCUUUUUUUUUUUUUUUUUUUUUUUAAUCAAA